AAAAAAAAAAAGGGGAAAAAGUAGCAAAAUAGAAAUUACAAACAAUGCUGCGGUUGGUCCGCAAACGCACAACGAUGACAUGCCUCUUCUUCAAGCAAUCACUCCCUCUGAUAUUUAACUUUUCGCUCAAUAUCAAUACAUCUCACUCUUUCUACAAUCCUCUUCUUUCCAGGCUCUCUUCGUCUUUUCUUUACCCAAUUCAGAGCCCUGCAGUCUUGUCGUUUUGCUCGAAACCACCCGGUAGCGAAGUGGGAGUGAGGUCGGUCCGAAGCAUGCAAAAUUCGGAGUCCAUAUCAUAUUUGUCGCAGCGAGAAGCUGCUGAGAUCGAUGAGACCCUUAUGGGUCCUCUUGGCUUUAGCGUUGAUCAGUUAAUGGAAUUGGCCGGUUUGAGCGUGGCAACUUCCAUAGCUGAGGUGUACAAACCAAGUGAGUAUAAACGUGUGCUUGCUGUUUGUGGCCCUGGGAACAAUGGCGGUGAUGGUCUUGUGGCUGCUCGUCACCUGCAUCACUUUGGAUAUAAACCGUUUGUCUGUUAUCCAAAGCGUACUCCGAAGCCUCUUUAUAGUGGUCUUGUUACUCAGCUGGAAUCACUGUCAGUCCCUUUCAUCUCGGUGGAAGAUCUGCCUUUGGACUUGUCAGAAGAGUUUGACAUUCUUUUAGAUGCAAUGUUUGGGUUCUCUUACCAUGGUGUCCCGCGACCACCUUUCGAUGGUCUAAUUCAAAUGCUUGUUUCUUUACGCAAUUAUGAUCAAACACGCCAAAAAUCUCCUGCUAUAGUCUCCGUAGAUAUUCCAUCUGGAUGGCAUGUUGAAGAAGGAGACAUUGGUGGUGCAGGCAUUAAACCUGACAUGUUGGUAUCAUUGACUGCUCCAAAGUUGUGUGCAAAGAAAUUUUGUGGUCCACACCACUUUCUGGGUGGUAGAUUUGUACCCCCGUCUAUUGCUGAUAAAUAUAAGCUUAAUCUUCCAUCAUAUCCUGGCACUUCUAUGUGCGUCCGAAUUGGUAAGCCUCCACAAAUUGAUAUAUCAGCUCUGAGAGAGAAUUAUAUUUCUCCAGAGUUCCUUGAGGAACAGGUGGAAGCUGAUCCUGUUGAUCAGUUUCACAAAUGGUUUGAGGAAGCAUUGGCUGCUGGCUUGAAGGAACCAAAUGCUAUGGCCUUGUCAACUGCUGGCAGGAAUGGAAAACCCUCAUCUCGAAUUGUGUUGCUAAAAGGAUUUGAUAAGAAUGGUUUUGUCUGGUUCACCAAUUAUGAGAGUCAAAAGGGUCAUCAAUUAUCAGAAAAUCCUCACGCAUCACUUCUUUUCUACUGGGAUGGUCUUAAUCGGCAGGUAAGACUGGAGGGAUCUGUCCAGAAAGUUUCUGAAGAGGAAUCUGAGCAGUACUUCCACAGCCGGCCUCGAGGCAGUCAGAUUGGAGCAAUAGUUAGCAAGCAGAGUGCUGUGAUUCCUGGAAGGAAUGUUCUAUAUGAACAGUACAAAGAAUUAGAGGAAAAGUUUUCCGAUGGAAGUUUGAUUCCUAAACCUAAACAAUGGGGAGGAUACAGGCUUAAACCAGAGCUGUUUGAGUUUUGGCAAGGACAAAAGUCUCGCUUGCAUGACAGGCUGCGAUAUUCUCCGGAGGAUAUCAACGGACAACAAGUAUGGAAAAUUGAGCGAUUGGCUCCGUGACCAAUAAUCUUCACCAUCACCGCUGCAAAGCUAUAAGAUUCCAUGAAAUAGAUUCAAUUUGUUAUUUUGCGUUUUACUAUCACCAUUUUGUUAUUAUCCUUUUUGUAUAAGAUGCAUGUAAAAUCUAUAUCAGAUGAUUUAUGAGGUGCAUCUGCAAAACCAACUGUUGGAGGAGUCCUGAAAACACUUUUUCAUUGCCAAAGAGUGCAUUUGCGUAUAUCAAAUAAAAUCAAUCUAACAUUUUGGAAAUGAAAAAGAAUAUAUAUAUAUAUA